AUGUGGCUCCAGGUGUCUUUCCUGUGUCUGUCCUUCUUGACUCUGUCAAGCCACAGCCAGGUCGAGGAUCGAGCCUCCCUCCGCCGCUCCAAUGACCCAACUGGACGUUGCCACUACACGUUCACUGUGGCCAGUCCACAGGAGUCGAGCUGCCCUGGAAGCAGCAUGAAAUCAGAGAUGGACGGGGUCUUGUCGCGGCUCACACUGCUGGAAGCUUUGGUCAGUGGACUCAUAGCAGGAGUGGACGGAGCCACGGGGUCUGGGGUCAAGCCUGGCCGCGAUGAGGGUCUCCAGACAGCUUUCGCCCAGGUCACAGGGGAAAGAAAACAGUUGCAGCAGGAUAAGGAGCAUCUGAGCUGGCAGAACCAGGAGCUGCAGAGGAGGCUGAGCGAGUUGAGCCAGGAGGCAGAGAGUCUCAGGCAGAUGCCAUGCCACCAAAAACACACCUCCGGGGGGCCUCAGCAUGAAGGCAGACCUGCCAGUGACCCUGCGUAUGAUUCUGGAAACGGUUCGUACCAGGAGAUGAAGGCUGAGGUGACAGAGGUUCGAGCAUCCCGCCUCAUUCCUGAUGGAAAUCACAACCUCUCAGAUUGUGGACAGCUGCUGUCAGUGGGAGAUCCUGUGUUGCACAGGAAGGCUGACAGUAUCACAGGUAAAUAUGGAGUUUGGCUGCAGGAUCCUGACCCUCAGGGUUCUGUUUACACCAACAAGACAGUGUGGCGCAUCGACACGGUGGGCAAAGACGUCCGCCAGCUCUUCGCUUACGAAGACAUUGAUCAAUUCUCCAGAGGGUUCCCCAUGAAAGUGCUGCUUCUGCCAGAGCCAGUGGAAAGCACAGGUGCGACUGUGUACCGUGGCUCCCUCUACUACCAGCGCAAACGCAGCCGUACCCUGAUCCGCUACGACCUGGCCUCUGAGAGCGUGGCUGCCCGUCUGGAACUGCCUCACGCUGGCUUCCAUGGACAGUACCCUUACUCCUGGGGAGGCUACACGGACAUCGACCUGGCAGUGGACGAACAAGGCUUGUGGGCCAUCUACAGCACAAGCAAGGCCAAAGGUGCCAUUGUGAUUUCCCAACUGGACCCUGAGAGCCUGGGCAUGAAGAAGAGCUGGGAGACCAACAUCAGGAAGAACACAGUGGCCAACGCGUUCAUGGUGUGUGGACGUCUGUACACGGUGGCCAGCUACAUUGCACUGAACACCACCAUCAACUACGUGUACGACACAGCCACGGGAGUGCGACGGGCAGCCGCUAUACCCUUCAAGAACAAGUACCGCUACAACAGUAUGCUGGACUAUAAUCACGCCCACAGGAAGCUGUACGCUUGGGACAACUUCCACAUGGUCACCUAUGACGUCAGACUAGGCAGGGCCAACAGCUAAAGAAGAAAUCGACAGCGAGAAAUUUACUGGACUAACAGGAGCGAGUGAAUAUGACAAGAUAUUAUUUACGUUGUUACUGUCAGGAUCACAUAUCUCUGUUUUUGAAUCAUUGAAAUAUAUAUUUUGUCUAUUAGCACUGUAAAUAAGAUGUAUUGAGACACCAGUGAACAGUUGCAUGUAGCAGGGAUAUAAAUACAGAACGAAUGGUUUUAGUAAUGAUUUAAAAAGUGUGGAAUAUUUUUGUUGUCU